UGCCAGUAGUGAGCAGGGCGUGCGUUUGUUGUGGACUUCUAAAAUUAUAACGCGUUCGCAAGUGACAUUCAAAUUGAUCAUACAAUUUUACACGUGUGGACUUUACUUGUGAUAUAUUUUAUUUUCUGACCGAAUAGGAAAGAUAGCUUGGCGGGUUUUGACAUCAAACUGAGCGACUCUUGAAUUUUGUUUUGUGUUAUUUUUACCUUAGUUUGAGUUUACGAUAUUUGGCUAUUAGUAAAGACUAGCGACCUGCCCAGGCUUCACACGGGUUACACAAAACCGUAACGAAUUAUAUACCUAAACGUUGCUCAAGAAUCACACUAUCAAUAGAAGUUUAUCAACAGUUUAUUAUCGAAAUUAACUAAUAGAAUUAAUAAUUAGUGUCAUGGAUUAAUAACUAACAACAUGUUUGUUAUUUAAAAUAAACUUAAAAUCACCUCUGACGUUUCGAACGCCCACUUUCGACGAUCUUUAUGUCUUGGGACUCUUGGGUAAAAUACGCGGGUUAACACACGUAUAUAAACCAGCUAAGUGAAGAACUCAAAGCACCACAAUGUCAGCCAAAGAUACCAAGGAGGGUACCAUAUACAAACAAUGGCUUAUAGGUGCUAUUGCAACCACACCGUUCCUAACCUAUGGCCUGCAGAAUGGUUGGAUCUCGCCCGUGAUCGGUCUGCUUCAGUCGGACCUCAGUCCGUCCGGGCGUCCGCUCACCACCAAUGAGAUCUCGCUCGUGGCCAGCGGUAUAAGCAUGGCCGCCAUCUCCACGGCCGCCGUGUUCGGGUACCUCGCCGAUGGCAUCGGACGACGGACUACUUUAAUAUGCAUUGUGACACCGCAGAUUUUUUGUUUCGCCUUGAAGCUGAUAUCCGCACACCCCGCCUGCCUGAUCGUGGCGCAGGUCUGCGGGGGGGUCGCGGCGGGGGGCUCCUUCUGCGUCGCGCCGACCUACGUCAAGGAGAUGGCUCAGGACUCCAUCAGAGGAUAUUUGGCGUCCUCGGGGAUUCUGCUGCAGAGCAUGGGCAUGUUGAUAAUGUACGCGAUGGCUCCAUACCUGGGCUACUACACGUUACUCUGGAUCCUGGUGUGGCUGCCGGUGUUGAACCUGGCGGGAAUGUUCUGGAUACCAGAGUCACCGGCGUUCUUGGUGAAGAGGGGGAGAGUUGAGGAAGCCAUUAAAGUGAUCUCCUGGCUACGAGAAGUGGAUGGAGACCACAAGAUGCUGGAGCGCGACAUUUCCAUAUUGAAGAACGAAAUAAUAACCAGUGAGAACUUACCGGCAGAAUCUUGGAAGUCUAUCUUGUCAGAUAAAUCAUCACGCAGAGCCCUCUGUAUCUCGUUCCUGGUGAUGACACUGCUGGCCGUGGGGGGCGACUACGGGAUCAUGGCGUACGCGUCGGUGAUCCUGCAGCACUCCGGCGUCACCUUCGCGCCGGAGGUGCAGGCGCUGGCCUUCCCAGCGCUCAUGACCCUGGGCUCGCUGCUGUCCGCUGUUACCAUUGAGAAGCUCGGGAGAAAGCCCCUCAUAGUGCUAGGCGCUGUGUUCACUGGCGUCCCACUCGCCAUCAUGGGCGCAGCGCUGGUGAUCCUGCAGGGCGGCGGGUACGUGCCGCAGUGGCUCCCCGUGCUCAGCAUCGGCGUGUGUCUGUUCGCCAGCGGACAGAUGAUGUCGCUGCCCUUCAUCGUCAUCUCCGAGAUCUUCAGCGUGCAAAUGAGAUCGAAAGUUCUCGGCUUAAUCUCGACCUACGGCUGGUCGCUGGCCGGCUCGCAGACGCUCCUGUUCGCAAUAAUAACGGAACACUUGGGCAUGCAAACCAUAUUCUUCGCAUUUGCAGCCAUCAACCUCUUGGGAACCGUAGUUUGCGCCAUCAUCAUGCCAGAAACUAAAGGGAAGACGGUUGAGGAGAUUAACAAAGAAUUGAUAAACAGAAGGAUAUGUUAGAAAAAAAAUAAACCUAAUAAUAGGUACAUAAGCUUAGAAAAAAUAUAUACAAUACAAAAAAUACUCAUUGGAAGAAAAUAAUACAGGAAAACAGUAAUACAAUUCUUAGAGGCAGAUCAUAAUUAUUAUUCACAUUAACCGCAGUCAACGAUUGGCAGGAAACAUCGUCUGCACCUUCAUUGUGUUACAAACCUAAGGAAAGACAUUUAGGAGCACAUUAAAAAUAAUUUGUAGGCAGAAGAAUGUGUAAUAAUUGUAAUAAAAUAAUGUUUUAAGUGUAAAUGAAGUCCCACCUUUAUUUGUUGACAGGUCGUUUUGUACUUAAAAAUAAUAAUACGAUAUUUUAUUAAAUAUAUUUUUUUUUUAUUGUUA